AUGAUGGAUAUUUAUCAGAAGGCUCUCAAGAACCCUGAUCCUCCCAAAAAACCUGCAUCAACAACUACUACUCCACCUUCAUCUACUAGCACUGAUUAUAACACUCGUCUCCCACCCAUGAACCAUAAUAACAAUAAUGUUGAUAGCAUGAAUUACAACUACUCCCAUGACAAUGGUCUGUUCACUGGAUCCACUACUACUACUACUACCACCAACAUUAGCAACGAGAAUAGCAAUAAUAAUAGCAGCACUAAUAGCCCCAAUAGCAGACCAUCAUCUACUAAUACCAAUACCAAUGCGCAUACCUCAGAAGAAAUCAAAAAUAAUGUCAUUAGAAAGAAGAAAAACUCAAGGCGAAAGCAUCGUAAUUCCCAUUUGGGUUGUGGAACUUGUAAAAAACGAAGAAUCAAAUGUGAUGAAACUUUACCUGCUUGUUUAAAUUGUUUAAAGGGAAAAUUGCAUUGUGCUUAUUUAAACUUGGAUAAUAAUGCUAGAAAUGCCCUUAGAGUCGCCCAAUACAAUCAGACUAUUCGUCAAGAAAAAUUGGAUGCCAAUAGUUCAUCAUCAACAACAGCAAAUAUUAACAACAAUACAAAGCUAAUUGAUCCUUCGAAAGACAAUAUCUUGGUGCAACAACAGCAGCCAGUAGGCAUUGUCCAAUCUCUUGCACAUGGUAUAUCAAUUGUUCCUCCUCAUCCAUCGACAGCUGCUGCUGCUGGAUCUCAAAACGCCCCAAUGAUGGCUACUGGUCCAGGCUCUUAUCCAAUGGCAGCUACUGUUUUACCAAAUAAUCAAACUCUUGUUACUGCAGUACCACAACAGCUGCAGGCUAGUAUGUCAAUACCACCAUUUGCUAAUUCAAUACUUGCACCAGGGAUUCAAGCUAAUCCAUCCCCCUCAAUUACCACUAAUAAUUUAAAUUCCUCAAUCGCUAACACAACUUCUAACACUAACAAUAAUACUAAUGCCGACAUGACUUCUUCUGGUUCUACUUCUGGAAAUAUUCAAAAUAUUGCCCUGACUCCACAAGUUGUCCAAUCACCAUAUGGACCAAUGAUCCCAUUGUUAACCCAAUCAGGGUCAGUGGUUUAUGCUCCAACUCAUUCAUUGGUUCCAGCACAGCCAUCACAACUACCACCUCAGCAAUUACAGAAUAAUGUAGCAUUUAGUAAUACCACUGUCCCUGCAACUGGUACAUUACCACCACCAAUGAGUCAACCUUCGGUUUUGUCAACAGCAAAUACAGCAGCUACGACUUCUCCUAAUAUUCCUCCAUUAGCUGCACCUCCACCCACUACGGGAGUAGCAGGAACAGCAUCAACAGGUAUCAUGGCUAAUGUGUCACCUGUAUUAACAAAUAAACAACAACCUUCAUCAACUCCAAUCACCUCAUCAGCAGCUAGUGUAGCAACUAUAGCGUCUCAAACUAUCCCUGUCAAAACUGGUAAUGGUACUUCAUCAACUGCUUCGACAUCAUCACCAACUACAGCAACAGUGUCACCACCAGGUAUUGCCAAUAUCUUACCACCACCAAUAAACACUCUUGGAAAUAGCUCUAAUGGAGCUAACAGUUCUGGGACUGAUGUAUUUAAGCCAAAUGUAUCUGAUUCAUCAAUUAAAGAAUUGAAACCAAUUAAUGAUUCAAAUGGUAACACGCCACCAUCGACAACAACCUCAGCAAUUGGAAAUUAUGGUGAUGGUGUUAAACUCUCACCAAAUUCCUCAAUGACUAAUUUAAAGAAAUUAACAAUUAGAGAAGAUAAUAAUAGCGGUAGUGAUAUUAAAUUACCAAGUAUCACCACAUUGAAACGAGAAUCAUCGAAGUCACCAUCUGAAACUAAUGGAAAUGUUGAUGAAAAAGUACCUACCAUUUCCAAAUUGAUCACUUGA